AUGGAAAUAGCCGGAUACAAAUCGUUACCUUCUCAUUUUGGUCAAUUGACAGAGAGUAUUUUUGAUAGUUACUCUAUCUACACAUUAAACAUUCCAUCGGAUAUUAUUGAUAAAUAUCUUCCAAAUAAACUUCGUGCUUUUGCUUCACACACAUUAAAAAAUUUGGCUAAAUGUUAUUUCUUUUAUUCAAAACCAAUUAUUUAUGCAUCUCGAUCGCAAGUAAGUGGCUAUACUGAACCAUUAUCUUAUUCAACGUCACUUGGCGACCUUGUAGAAGAUCUAUUCUCAAAUAACAAUCCGAAACUACGCUACAAUUUUUUAGUUUCUGAUAAUUGCUUAGUAUUUGCGCGAAUUCCUCGUGUUCGCCAUGUAACAUAUCAUCUUCUUUGUAAACAUAUCACAUUAUCAAAUCGAUCAACAGAUGUUAGAUUCGCUGGAGAAUUUUGGCGUGAUGAAUUUAAUAAUUUUCUAUUGAAUAAUAAUUCCGGUACAUAUCGACCAUCGGAUACAUUAAUAGAACAAGCUGUUAAAUUGUUCAAUCACUGCAUGGCUAAAUUAAAAUUUCAAGGUAUUAGUUUUCAAAUCAGCAGUCUACCCUCCACUCGGCGUCGAGUUAUCAUCAAAAUCAAGCGAAAACGACCUAUAAAAACAUGA